AUACAAAUCGCCACCUCGCCAUUUCUUGAUACUUAUAUAUUAUAGUGGGUAAUCGAACUUGCAAGAACCCAAUCCACUUGAUUUACGCUGCCCGUCCUAUUUGCUCUCCUGUCUAGAAAGGCCGUUUGCCUGACAACGUGAGGACGACGACCUUCCCCGACUGUCCGGGAAGUGCUAUCUUACAGCGUCCUUCUACCGGUACUCAAGAUGACUGCACCUUCCGCAAUUAUAGGUGUGGCUCAGGCGCUGCUGAAGGAUCUACCCUCGAUCAAGGUCGUCCUCGUCAACCCAUCCAAGAAAGCGUUUUUCAACAUUGCUGCUUCACGCAUAUUUGCCGACUCGAACGCGUUCAAACCUGAUCAGUACUUCUUGAGUAUCGAAGACUCCUUCAAGAAAUACGACUCGAGUGCAUUCGAGCUGAUAGAAUGUCGUGUCGGCGCAGUCGAUGCAGCCGGCAAGGCAGUUACAAUCGAAGAUACAACCGCAUCCGCACUUGGCAGGGAAAGCGCGGUGGUGCCCUUCAAGCCACCAAACACAGGCGACAUGGAGCUCAUGGUUCAAAAGGCACAAGAAGACAUUGCAGACGCACAGACCAUACUUAUAGCCGGUGGUGGCCCCGUUGGAGUCGAGUUUGCAGGUGAGCUUUGGGAAGCCUUCCAGGGUAGGACUGGAGGCAAAAUUACUCUGGUUAGCCAGUCAAGCCGCCUUCUCCCCAUGCUGAAGGAAUCCGCCUGCAGGACAGCACAGGACCUGUUGCAGAAGAACAAUAUAUCAGAUAACUCGACUAAGAAAUGGAGUGCUGUUCUUGACGAUGGCCAUGAGAUCAUCUGCGACAUGUUCAUCUCGACUACCGGCGUCCUACCAAAUAACUCCUUCAUACCUACAGAAUACCUUACUGAGGAUGCAUGGGUUAAAGUCGACGCAGAAUUUCGAGUGAUAGGCGGCACCGGUGAUCCUGAUCGCUAUAUCUACGCCAUAGGAGACAUUACGGCUCACGCAGACCGGCUGGCGUCGAAAAUCCCAAAACAAAUCCCGGUUGUCACAUCCAAUAUUAAGGCUGACGUUGUCGGUCACGGAGCGCGAGCAAAAUAUAAGACAAAGGGUUCCUUGAUGAUGAUGGUCCCCAUUGGUGGUUCCGGUGGUACGGGACAGCUCUUCAGUUGGGUCCCAUGGAGCUGGUUUGUCAGGAAGAUGAAGGGAAAAGAUUACUUUAUCAGUCAAGCCACGCGCCUCAUGGGUGUCAAGUAG